UAGUAGAGGACAGGGAGGGGCUGCUGGGCUAGCAAAUGUGCUUCCUGCCCAGGAGAGAGAGACAGACAGACACACACACACAUCUAUAUAUAAGUCUCUGCUGCAACUAUAUUUGAAAGACUGCAUAGUAUCAGCUGAGCCUCCUUCUCCUCCAUAGGGACCAGUGCAGCCCUACGUGAAGACUUCAAGAAGCAUGGGAGUCACCUGUGUGUCUCAGAUGCCCGUGGCAGAGGGGAAGAGCGUCCAGCAAACAGUUGAAAUCCUAACAAGGAAAUUGGAGCUGCUGGGAGCAGAGAAACAAGGAACAUUUUGUGUGGACUGUGAGACCUACCACACCGCUGCCUCCACCAUGGGCAACCAAGGGCAGGCUGGCAAGCUGAUGUACGUGAUGCAUAACUCUGAAUAUCCCCUCAGCUGUUUCGCUCUCUUUGAAAACGGCCCCUGCCUCAUAGCAGAUGCCAACUUUGAUGUCCUGAUGGUGAAACUGAAAGGCUUUUUCCAAAACGCCAAGGCAAACAAGAUAGAGAGCCGGGGUACGCGGUACCAGUACUGUGACUUCUUGGUGAAGGUUGGCACUGUUACCAUGGGGCCCAGUGCCCGGGGAAUAUCUGUGGAGGUGGAAUACUGCCCAUGUGUGGUAGCCAACGACUGCUGGAACCUGCUCAUGGAGUUCAUGCAAAGCUUCAUGGGGAAUCACACUCCUGGAAACCCAUCCGUGUUUGGCAACAAGCACGACAACAUCUACAGCCCAGGUGACACAAUGGCUCAGUACAUGGAACUGUUCAACAAGAUCCGCAAACAGCAGCAGGUGCCUGUAGCUGGGAUCAGAUGAAGAAGACUCCAGGAGACUUUUUUUUCUUUUUAAAGUGACAAUAUCCUCUUUUUUCUGAUUGUCCUCAUGGAUCAGGAAUACCAGCCCUUUCCUCAGUAAUGUCCUGAA